AUGUCAGGGCCCCCCCAAGGGCCCGGGCCUGUAAGGGCUAUGAGUGUAGGAAAUGGACCUCCAAGUGCAGGUCUACCACCACAUGCAGCCAUGCCACCGCAGGGUGGCCCUCCACCGCCAGGCUCGUCGGGACCGCAGUCACAGCAGAAUCUUAAUCAAAUCGUAUUGGAGUAUCUCUCAAAGAAGGGCUAUGUCCGCACCGAAGCAAUGCUCCGCAAGGAGUCCGAACCACAAGCCAACGGACAGCCUCUUACCGCUCAGAGUACCGAAGCCGGCGGCGCAAAGUACACAAAGUCAUUCGAGCUGCUGCGCAAAUAUACAGAGGACAACCUGGAUCUAUAUAGACCAGAGCUGCGGAAGCUGUUAUGGCCAGUCUUUGUCUAUUCCUUCUUAGACUUGGUACGCGACUUUUACACCAAAGACGCAGAGACAUUCUUCGCCGCAUACCAGGGCUUGUUUGAGCGCGACCACGACGAGGAUGUCAAGACGCUCCGCCAAGUGCGGUUACAGUCUCAUUUGCAGGAGAGCAGAAUAGCAAAACUUUACCUCGACAACAAGUACCGAAUAACGUUGACGACAAUGCCGUUCUUCAAUCUUAUCCAAUUCCUUGAAUCUAAGCACUUUGACGGCGGGUCGACAAUAAUAGAUGUCAUCCGCGAACACCUUAAUAUUGUCACGGUUGAUAGGACAGCGACUGCAGAGAAGAGUAUAGCGGCGAUUCUUGCUAGCGGACACGGCGAUGAUGAGCUCCCUGCAGAGGACGAGGGCAUCCCAGGACACGCCCCUGGUCACCCACUCACAGCACGCCAUGACCCCGAGGCAGAUGCUGCGCGAAUAAGACUGCAAUUGGGCGCUUACCCUCAGGAGGCGGAACUACAGGACGAUGUCCGUGCUGCUCUGCAAGAGGAAGAUGCCAAAGCUGCGCCAAGGCCGGGCCAACCAAGUUUGCUGGAUGAGUUUGAGCAACGUAUCAAGCGGGAGCCAACAGAGGAUGGACCCUCGCGCGAGUUCGUCCCUUUGCCCCCGUCACUCGCCCGUGAUGUCUCUAUGGAGGUCCAAAAGAUUAUUGAGCACCGAGACCGAUACAAGAUGGAGGGAAGAACCGGCGGAGUUGGGCCUGCUGUUAGUGUUACCAUGUAUACUUUUCAUAACACAUACGACAGCAUCAACUGCAUAGAUUUUUCUGGGGACAACAAACUCGUCGCUGCCGGCAUGAGCGAGUCGUACAUCCGCGUCUGGUCCAUGGACGGUAGCCCUCUCACUUCACCAAAUGAUAAUCCAGACAUGCAGCCAUCAUCUUCUAGGCGAUUGAUCGGUCACUCAGGUCCUGUCUAUGCGGUUGCCUUUUCCCCCUCAACCGCCAACCCGUAUCCCUCUGGCCCUCCUACAAACUCUGAAUGUCUCCUCUCGUGCUCAGAAGACAAGACAGUUCGUCUAUGGUCUUUGGAUACGUACACCUGCCUUGUUGCGUACCGUGGUCACGAUAACCCCAUCUGGGAUCUCCAAUGGGGACCCUAUGGCCACUACUUCCUCACAGGCUCAAACGACCGCACCGCGCGUCUGUGGUCGACUGACCACAUUGAACCUCUUCGCAUCUAUGUCGGCCAUGACAACGACGUCGACUGCGUUACUUUCCACCCUAAUAACCUCUAUGUCUUCACAGGCUCGUGCGACCGCACAGUCCGUAUGUGGCACAUCGCCGGCGGUAACUGUCUGCGCCUCUUUACCGGACACACCGGCAACGUCACAGCUAUAUCUUGCUCUCCCGACGGAAAGACGCUCGCCUCUGCAGAUGACGCCGGCAACAUCAUCCUUUGGACCCUCGAAACAGGCCGCAGGCGCAAGCGCAUGCGUGGUCAUGGCAAAGGCGGUAUCUGGUCUCUCUCCUGGAGUGUGGAGUCGAGCGUCCUUGUCUCUGCCGGUGCCGACAAGACGGUUCGUGUCUGGGACGUACUACAGGAAACCAGCGAUAAGGCUGCCGACGGUGUCACUGCGAAGACAGAUGGCGCGAUGACGACAAAGGGCGCCAGUGGCACGACGGUUACAGGAAAGAAGGCGACUAAGGAGACGGGUGUGUCGGCGGAUCAAAUCAGUGUGUUUCCUACGAAGGAUAGUCCCGUGUACAAGGUCCAGUUUACAAGGAUGAAUUUGGUGCUUGCGGGUGGUGCAUAUCUGCCUACGCGUUCGUAG